AUGAGCGUCGCAGCCAUCCGUGGAGCCCGCCAGGUCCGCUCGGCGGGACUGCGUGUGCUCCGCUCAACCUCAGCAGUGCGAGCAUACCAUGGCCCGAAGACGGUUCAGGAGCUCGAGCACGGGCAGAGCGAUGCCGACUUUGUGCUGAGCAUUCUGCAAGCGUCCCCCUCCAUGCGCGACUCGCGCUCGUACAUCGCCAGCUUCGCCCCGCCUACCUCCCCCGACACACCGCCCUCUCCCCCAGCCCCGAGCGAGACAGCCGAGGCCGCGCCGAACCCGCUAGUCGGCUCGCUGCUGAACCCGAUCGUGCGCCGACCUGCGCUCGUCAAGAUCCAGGGGCCAUUUACAGACCACCAGCUCCAGUCCGUCUGCCGCGGUAUCCAGUACCUGCAGCGCAUGGGUCUCGUCUCCGUGGUGGUGAUUGACAGGGACGACGUUCCGCCAUCGGAGAGUCAGGAUGCGGAUGCCGCCGAGGCGCAGCGGACGCUGAUGCUGCGCGAUGUUGAGCGGUGUGUCGACAUGCUGACGCGGGCGCGCGCUCCCGCCCGUCCGAUCCUCUCGACCGUGGCGCGCAUGGGCGAGGACGGCGCCGUUCGUGUCGAAGCCGAAGGUCUGGACCACAUCAGGCGUACGGUCGAGGAAGGCGAGAUCCCCGUCCUCAUGCCCGUCGCGCUGGACACCGGAUGCCGCUCCCGUCGCAUCAACGCGAACCGCGUCCUCGCCGCUCUGGCCGAGAGCAUGAGCGCCCCCGCGCCCGAGGGUGCGGAGAAGAAGGGCAUGGACCUGACGCCGGUGCGUCUCCUGGUCAUCAACAGGGAGGGCGGCAUCCCGUCGUAUGCGCGCAGCGGCCUGCCGCAUCUCAGCAUCAACCUUGCCUCUGAGCUCGAGUUCAUCUCCAACACCUGGCGCGAGGAGUGGCGCGACACGCAUCCGACAGCGCUCGCGAACCUGAACCUCGCCGACGAGUGUCUGGCGCACAUGCCACGAGGGGCUAGUGCCCUCAUCGUGUCGCAUCGCUCGCCUGCCGCCCUCAUCGCGAACCUGAUCACGAACAAGCCGGCGCACUCUGCGUCGCUCCCCCACUCGCUCCUCGAGCAGAGUGAAGGGCGCAUCACGCCCGACACGCCCACGCUGAUCCGGAAAGGCCUCCCCGUCAAAAUUGUGCGCAACCUCGACGAGAUCGACAAGGACCGCCUCACGGGCCUGCUGGAGCGGAGCUUCGGCCGCAAGCUCAGCCAGGACAAGUACUGGGCGCGCCUCGAGAAAGAUCUCGACUUCAUCAUCGUCAUUGGCGACUAUGUCGCGGCCGCCAUCGUCACGAAGGAGGGACCCAAUCGGGAUAUCUGCUACCUCGACAAGUUUGCCGUGCUCCCUGAGAACCAGGGCGACGGCACCGUCGAUUUCCUCUGGGUCGCGCUCCGUGACGAGACGUACGGUCUCGGUCUCCUCGACGCUAUGAACCCCAGUAUCGGUUCGCUCAAGGGUGUGGGAGAGGGCAAGGACCUGGUCUGGCGCUCUCGCUCGAAUAACCCCGUCAACAAGUGGUACUUUGAGCGCAGUAACGGGAGCUUGACGUGCGGCGACAAUGGCGCGUGGAAGCUGUUCUGGUGCGACGCCGAGCAGCGCGUGCGCGACAUGGCACAGGAGAACGGGAGCCUCAUGCACGUCAUCGAGAAGAGUGAACGAGGACGGCUAGAGAACUGGGAGCCCGCAAUCAUGAGCAUCAAGAGCGCAUGGUCUGACUAG